CGCUCAAGAUGCGACGGUGUACGUUGGGGGGUUGGAUGAGAAGGUCAGCGAGCCGCUGCUGUGGGAGCUCUUCCUCCAGGCAGGGCCGGUGGUCAAUACCCACAUGCCCAAGGAUCGAGUCACAGGCCAGCACCAAGGUUACGGGUUUGUGGAGUUCCUCAGCGAGGAGGACGCGGAUUAUGCCAUUAAGAUCAUGAAUAUGAUCAAACUGUACGGGAAGCCGAUCCGAGUCAACAAAGCCUCGGCCCACAACAAAAACCUGGACGUGGGGGCCAACAUCUUCAUCGGCAACCUGGACCCUGAAAUCGAUGAGAAGCUGUUGUACGACACCUUCAGCGCUUUCGGGGUCAUCCUGCAGACGCCCAAAAUCAUGCGAGACCCCGACACGGGCAACUCGAAGGGUUACGCCUUCAUCAACUUCGCCAGCUUCGACGCCUCGGACGCCGCCAUCGAGGCCAUGAACGGCCAGUACCUCUGCAACAGGCCCAUCACCGUUUCCUACGCCUUCAAAAAAGAUUCCAAAGGCGAGCGGCACGGCUCGGCCGCUGAGCGGCUCCUGGCAGCCCAGAACCCGCUCUCGCAGGCAGAUCGGCCUCAUCAGCUCUUCGCCGACGCUCCUCCUCCUCCCUCUGUCCCCACUCCCGUUGUCACCUCCUUGGGACCUGGUGUCACCCCUCCAGGCCUCCCACCCCCAGGAUCGUUCCCCCCGCCGGUGCCGCCUCCCGGAGCGAUGCCUCCCGGCAUGCCUCCUGCCAUGCCACCCCCACCCAUGCCGCCCGGUGCGGGUGCCCCAGGCCCCCCCUCCGGGGCUGCACCCAGCGGGGGGCACCCCCCGCACCCACACCCCUUCCCUCCGGGCGGGAUGCACCAUCCAGGAAUGCCUCCCAUGCAAGUCCACCACGGGCCUCCCGGGAUGGGCCAACAUCACCCAGGACCACCGGGCUCCGGAGGCCAGCCUCCCCCGCGGCCCCCCCCUGGCAUGCCACACCCUGGACCCCCACCCAUGGGUAUGCCACCCCGAGGACCUCAUUUCGGGUCGCCCAUGGGUAACCCCGGGUGCGGGCACCCACCCCGGGGGGAGAGCGGGGGGGGCAGCCCUGCAGCUCUCCCACAGGCCUGUCCCACCCCAGCAGCUUGCUUCUGUUCCCCUUUUGGGGUCAUUUCCAGCAAAAUCACCAUUAUUUCUCAGCUUCCAGUUUCCUAAAUC